AUUUUGGCUGAGAAGCCGUCUUUGGCAGCUUCUUUAGCCAACAUUCUCAGUAAUGGGAAUAAUACAAGUAAAAAGGGUUUCAAUGGAGCCUGUUCUAUUCACGAAUGGAACGGCACCUUUUUAGGUGCUCCGGCUCGAUUUAAAAUGACAUCUGUUUGUGGACACGUUUUUGGUGUAGAUUUCAUUAGUAAAUACAAUAAUUGGGACAGGGUUGAUCCUGUUGAACUCUUUUCAUGCCCUAUUGAGAAAAAAGAAGCAAUGCCAAAGUUGAAAAUGCCUUCAUUUCUAGCACAAGAGGCCAAAGGUGCUGAAAAUCUUGUGUUAUGGCUUGACUGCGAUAAAGAAGGCGAAAAUAUUUGUUUUGAAGUAAUGAGUGCAGUCGCGAGUAGUGUAUUGGGAAGUGUAUAUUCCGAUAAGGUGACUUAUCGUGCUAAAUUUUCCGCUAUAACGGAGAAGGAUAUUAAAGCUGCAUUCAAUUCAUUGGGUCACCCAAAUGAGAAUGAAGCUAAAAGCGUUGACGCUCGACAGGAACUAGAUCUCCGAAUAGGAUGUGCUUUUACAAGAUUUCAAACUAGGUUUUUUCAAGGGCGUUAUGGAGAUCUUGACUCAUCACUCAUAUCUUAUGGACCGUGUCAAACUCCAACCCUUGGUUUUUGUGUUCAGAGACAUGAUGCCAUACAAACAUUCAAGCCAGAAACGUAUUGGUGUGUUCAGGUUACUGUUAAAACUACCGACAAUCAGGAUGUAACAUUAGAUUGGCAGAGGGUUAGGAGUUUUGACAAAGAAGUAGCUAAUUUGUUUUUGCAGCUUGUGAAGGAUCAAAAACAGGCAAAAGUAGUGAGUGUGAUUUCCAAAGAAAAAUCGAAACCUCGACCUUCAGCUCUGAAUACGGUUGAACUUAUGAGAGUAGCAAGUUCUGGUUUGGGAAUGGGUCCCCAUCAUGCUAUGCAAAUCGCGGAAAAGUUGUACAUUCAAGGAUACAUCAGUUAUCCUCGUACAGAAACUACUAGGUAUCCUGAAAAUUUCGAUUUGAUUGGUGUAUUGAGACAACAGCAAAAUAGUUCCGAUUGGGGAGAUGAAGUAAGGCAGAUUUUAAAUAAUGGUGUAAACCGACCAAAAAGCGGACAUGAUGCAGGUGACCAUCCUCCUAUCACUCCUAUGAAAGCAGCUUCACGAAACGAGCUCGAUGGUGAUUCAUGGAAACUAUAUGACUACAUAACGAGACAUUUCAUUGGGACUUUGGCCAAAGACUGUAAAUAUCUCACCACCACAGCCACAAUCAUAAUCAACGAUGAGGUUUUUACGGUAUCUGGUAAAACUCUUUUAGAUCCAGGCUUCACAACUAUUAUGACUUGGCAGGCUUUCGGGAAAAACGAAAUCGUCCCUAAUCUCCAUGAAAAUGAAACUGUUCCUAUAAAGGAGGCAAAACUUUCCGAACACCAGACAUCUCCUCCUGAUUACCUAACGGAAGCUGAACUUAUUACUUUAAUGGAAAAACACGGGAUUGGAACCGAUGCUUCUAUACCGGUUCAUAUCAAUAACAUCUGCCAAAGAAAUUAUGUUACAGUAACACCUGGAAGAAAACUUAAACCAACAACGCUUGGCAUUGUCUUAGUACAUGGAUAUCAGAAGAUAGAUGAGGAGUUGGUAUUGCCAACAAUGAGAUCAGCUGUAGAAGAACAACUGAAUCUGAUAGCUGCUGGAAAGGCAAAUUUUCACGAUGUUCUCAAACACACCGUGGAGAUUUUCAAAUUGAAGUUUCAAUAUUUUGUGAAAAAUAUUGAUGGUAUGGACCAACUGUUCGAAGUAUCAUUUUCACCUUUAAGUGCAACUGGAAGGGCACAUUCAAGAUGUGGCAAAUGCCGAAGAUACAUGAAAUAUAUUCAAGCUAAACCUGCCAGACUGCAUUGCCCACAUUGUGAUGAAACAUUCAAUGUACCUCAGAAUGGAAUAAUAAAAAUAUUUAGGGAGUUGAAAUGUCCAUUGGAUGAUUUUGAGUUACUUUCCUGGACAAUGGGAAAUAAAGGCAAAAGCUUCGUCUUUUGCCCAUAUUGCUAUAAUAACCCUCCAUUCAAAGAUAUGAAAAAAGGCAGUGGUUGCAAUUCAUGCUCCCAUCCUACUUGCCUUUAUAGUUUAAAUUCCAAUGGAAUUUGUAAUUGUGCUGAGUGUGAAUUCGGAAUACUGGUUUUGGACCCAUCUUCAGGGCCUAAAUGGAAAUUGGGAUGCAAUAGGUGUGACACCAUAAUCAACUUAUUUGAUGAUGCUCAAAAAAUAACGGUCCUCGAAGAUAACUGCGAAUGUGGAUCGCAACUGGUUACUGUAGAAUACAAACAAGAAAAAUCCAAACUUCCCAAAGGGGCAACUGAAGCUAAAGGUUGUGUCUUCUGUUAUCCUGAUUUUUCAAGAUUAGUAGACAGACCUAAGGUGGCUGUUAAUACUCGCCCACGAACUUUUAGAGGGGGGAAGGUCACUGCUGGUAGGGGUAGAGGAAGAGCAGGCAGGGGAAAGCAGCCCAAAGAUAAAAUGGCGCAGCUGGCAGCGUAUUUUGUGUAAAAAAAUACUACGAAGUGAUUUUGUUUGUCAACAUAUUAUGAUUGAGAUCUAUUUGCUGAUUUCUACGGAGGUUUAUUAAAAUAACUUCUAAGA